AUGCCUGAAAAACCCAAAAGACGUAAAAAUAAUAAAAACAAACGCAAAAAUAAGAAUGUUCACGUUGAUCCAAGUAUAAAUAACAUCACUCCUAAUAAAAAUACCAGUAUUAAAACUAAUGAAAAAGAAGUCACUGAGGAAGUAAAAGGUAGUUUUGAUCCAAAUAUAGAACUAAGUAAUCCAGGAAUCAGUUUAAUACCGAAUAAAUCAAAUGAUAUUUGUAUAAGUAAUAAAUAUGACAAGAUGAUAUUAAAUGAAAGUAAUAGUAAAAAUUACUUGGAAGAACCUUGUAAUUUUGUUGAAAAAUGUGAUAGUCCUUCUUUAUGCGUCGAAAAUACAUCUUCAGAUAAUCAAGAAACUUCUUGCACAUUAGAAACAUAUACCGUCGAAUCUCCAGAUCAAUCAAAUAAAAGCCAAUCAAAGUUAUCAAAUAGCAAAAAAAGUAGAAGCGUUGAUGAUGAUGAAUCUCCUAGAAUUGUUGAAAUAAUUGAAGACAAUAAUAUGCCAUUACAAAAUUCAAUUAUAGCUUUAGAUACUUGUUCAGAUAUAGAGUGGGAAAAAACAUUGGACCUUGAAGAAAAUAAUCUGCCCAAAAUCGAGGAACCUAUUACAGGUACGUUAUCUAUUACAACAAUACCACUCACUGUUGCCCAUUGUGAACAACCUAAAUUGCUGAGUUCCGAAGAUGAACAAUCUCUUAGACGCUAUUUACAAACAUUGAAUUUAGCAACUCACCCAACAAAUUCUAUAGAAAUUAAAACAGAAAUAGAACAAAUUAUAAAUAGUGAAAUAAGACAUAGGUUAAGAAAAAAGGGACUUACAGAGGAAGCUUUUAGUCAAAGACUAGGUCCACCAAGACUAUUAGACGUAAUUGAUGAAGAAGGCAGUGGUGAAUCUUCUAUUCAGUCUCGUCGUCACUCCUAUUUAAGUGAUAAAAAAAGUGAUAAUGAUGACUUAGAAGAUGACGUUUUUGAGAAACCCAGUCAACAAUCUAAUUUGAAAAAAAUCACAGGUAUGCAAUCGAAUAAUAAUGUAAGGAAAAAACCAUCAGCAAAACAAAUACCUCAAAAAUGUCUACUUGUUGGCACAAAACUAAAAGAGCCUGAAAUAUGUGAAGCUCGAGGUAAUUGGACAAUUCAAACAGUUGAGAAAAUGACAGGUGCAGAAGUUGUUUAUCUAACUGAUUCUUCGAGCAGCACCAGCUCAAUUCACGAUGUUGAUGACAAUAUAGAAACAGAGGAGGAAACUGAUGCAUCUGUACGUAUGAUAACACCGAUAAUAGAGGUGACAGAUACAGAAAAUUUUCUUAAGAAAACAUUUAUUUCUAAUAACAAUAGAGAUACUACUAAUCCUAUGAAGCGAUCUGACUUUACUGCAUCUAAAGAAUCGAUGUUAAGUAAUAUAAACAAGCAGGACGGAAACGACGCUAUGGAUCAAUCCAGACAUGAGAUUGAAGUACUUCCCACAGACAAUUUUAAAACAAAUUUAAUAGUGAAAGAUAUAAACGAAAGUGAGAUGAUACAUGAUAAUUUGACAAGUGUCGAAAUUACAAAACAUAAAUCAGCUUCAAUUAAUACUGAUAGUGAACUCAAACUGGUCAAACACGAUUAUGAUUUUGACUUGGAAAUGAAGGUUUUAAAAUGUGAACUAAAUGAUGCGAUAAAUAAUUUAAUUAAAGAAGUAAGUGAUUCAGAAAGUGCUAAUGAAAAUUCCAAAGAUUCUUUAACACGACAAGACUCUUCAAGCAGUGUAUCAUCGUCACAGUGUACAGCUAUUUACAAUCCUAAUUCAUCACUACUUAACGAAUUUUCCUGUAAUAAUAAUGAAGAAUCAUAUCACAAUAGUAAUGAUUUAAAAGAUGGAUCAAGACAAUCUACUGCAGAGAGUCAUGUUAAUGAUGUUAUUGAAUAUGCAAUAGGAAUACCUACUCCAAUUCAAUAUGACUUUAAUAACAAAGAAAGCCAACCGCAAAAGCUACGAGAUAUAUGUGUUGAGAGAAUUUCGUCCCUUCCUUAUGGUUUUAAGAUAUUAGAAGAACUCGCUAACGUAUCCCUGCGUCUCCAAAAUAUGAACACACUUGCGUCUGGAUUUACAAAAGAAAUUAGUAAAAACACAAGUAAUAGUAAAAUACGAAAAUCUGAUUGCGCACAAUCUACCUCAUCGUUCGAAGAAACGACUAAACGCACCAAAAAUUAUAAUUCACAUAUAAAAAAUGUAAAUAAUAUUAUUUCGCCACCAUCCCCACCUCCACCACCAGUACAACCAAGACACUCAUCUUUGAAAAAAUCAAAGGAAGAUCAUAAAAUUUCUGAAAAAACGACAACUUCAUACGUUUGCUUAUCGCCUUCACAAAAAAUGCUAAUGGAAAAAACAAAUACAGUUAUAGCACAAGAAAAUGAUUCACCAGUUGUAGAUCCAAGAAAAAAUUGUGUAGAUCGUAAGGAUGCAAUACACACUGAGUGUACUGAAAUUAUUAGUACAAAACCAUUCAAAUCUCAAACAGGUAGUCGUUUAUUAGCUUUAAUUUGUGAUCCUACAAUUACAAGUAAUAUAACUUCAAGACAUUUAAAUAAAUUUAGUGAAAAACAAUCAGAUUCAACAUCAAAAAUACAAAUAGAACCCACAAAAUCUUAUAGAAAGUAUACUAAUCAAGGGUCUGGUGUAGCAAGUUCUCAAGAUGUUUUUAAGCCUAUUCCUCCUCCUAGGCCAAAAAAACUGUUAUCCUCUUUUUACGACAGUGAUGUCAACACUAAUUUCGCAGAAAGAUCAUUAAAAUCUAUGAAAAGAGAAAGAAAAUUCUUUCAUUUCUCUACUGGUAAUUUAAAUAAAGAGAUAGAAGACGAUAUAUCCACUAUACAAAGCAUGCAUAAAAAUUACUUAGAUGUUAAAAACCGAGAUAAUGAAGUAAAAAGUCCACGUCGACCGUCUUUACCUCAAGAUAUAUGCGAUCAACAAAUGGAAUAUAUACGGCAAAAAGAAAAAGAAGUUGACGCUGAAAUUCGUCGUCUUGAAGAGGAAAAAUUUAAACCACUAGUAAAAAAAUCACCAAGAGCACCAAUGAUUGAAAAAAAAGAAAUUAACAAAGAAAAAAUGACAAAAACUUACCACAAACCAUACAUAAAAGAUGAAAUACUUUGGAAAACUCAUAUUCCAGAAAAGGUAAUAAAAGAAAAAAAAUAUUCUUUAUUUAGCAACAGUCAAGAAGAAAUUCUUCGAGAUAAAAUGUAUUCUGAAUAUAGAAAUGAAAUCGCAGAACGAGAACAAAGAAAACAUCACAAGGUUAUAAAAAUCACAAACAGCCCGACAGCAAAUGCCAAAAGUAUUUCAAAGAGCAUGUCAGCAUUGGAUGUUCUUGAUUCAAGUGUUAAUAAUCGAAUAGAAGAAGAGUUUAUAUUAAAAGCUAGAGAAAGAUGGAACAAACUUGGUAUUAAGGAUCCUGAGAGCGAAGAUGAAAGAUAUAAUAUGAGAAACAUGUAUAGGGAACCAAAAGUGAUUGAACAUAAAAUAAAAGUAAUUGAAGCUGGUGAAGAAAAGGAUGUUUAUAAAUUACCAAGUCAUUUACAAGAGUUUGUUAGUUUUACUGCUAAUGAUAAGGAGCAGGAGUCAGAAAGCUCUGGUGAGUCUGAAUGUGAAGAAAGACCUACGCAUGUUGUUAUUUUGUGUGCAGUGAUGAUACUAGUGCUAGCGAUUGGUAGACAAAUUUUUCGAUUGUUGAGAAAUGAUUAA